UUUCCUUUAAUCAAUAAACACGGCCCAAUAAAUAACAGAUCUGAAAAAAAAAUAGUAUCGGAACUGUCGUCGCCCUUUUGCUUUUCCAUUGUACAUUCUCAUUGGAUUCUCUAUUGCAAUACGAUGCAUCGCUCUUUGGUUCGCCUGUGCCUGAUAAUGGCUCUUGUUCAAUGCUAUUUUACCGUCUUUGCCGCUCCGCCUCCCAAUGCCAAUAAUCAACCAUUGAAUGUCGAAAGCGUGUCUGAACAAGCCGGUAAAUUGGCGCGUAAAGAACUAGUUCCUCCACUUCAGCAACUUGCCGAGGCAGCACGAGCGGAUGCUAUUGCCCUUACCGAUAACUUUUAUCUUUGAUCUAUUGUCUGUCGUCGGUUGGGAGAUGAUUCAUUAGCUCUACGUUUUUCAUUUUUUUUACUUUAUUUUUAGAGUCAACGACAUGGCUGAGAUUGUAGGCGCUAUUUGAAAUUACUUGCAAUAAAAAUAGUUGGAUGAUCC